CAUAAAUGGGAUAAACCGCUAAAUCCUUAACAACCGUACGAUACCAAUCUAAUCCACUCCACACCAUCCGAUCUCUCAUCCACUGGGUCCCCCGCCUAACAAACUCAAAACCUCCCCGAACUCUGACACUCAUUAACACAAGGCACAGACGCCAUACCCCACUCACGCAAACACUGCGUGAAGCCAUUGACAAACUGAAACCAACUCCAGAACCUUCUAGGUUCUUCUAGAAGCUCAUUUCAAUGGCUGAGACCAAGAGAUCCACUGGCACCGUCAAGUGGUUCAGUGCACAGAAAGGUUUUGGCUUCAUAGCUCCCGAUGACGGCGGCGAGGAUCUGUUUGUCCACCAGACCUCGAUCCAGUCCGACGGCUUCCGUACCCUCUCCGACGGACAGCCUGUGGAGUUCUCCGUUGAUUCAGGUGAAGACGGCCGCACCAAGGCCGUUGAUGUCGUAGGCGUGUCCAAAUCUCGCCGUCCUCCUCGUGGAGGCCGCGGUGGCGGGAGGGGGUACUACGGCGGAGGAGGACGAGGCGGCGGUGGUUUUGGAAGAGGCGGCCGUUCAAGUGGUGGAGGAUAUGGAGGCGGAGGAUAUGGCGCUGGCGGGGGUGGCGGCGGCGGUGCUUGUUUUAAUUGCGGACGGUACGGUCAUUUAGCGAGGGAUUGUUAUCAGGGUAGCGGUGGUGGUGGGAUAUAUGGUGGCGGUGGAGGCAGAGGAUAUUCUGGUGGUGGUGGUGGUGGUGGUGGUGGUGGAGGUAGAGGUGGAGGAUGCUACAAUUGUGGAGAGGAAGGGCAUUUUGCGAGAGACUGUCCUAAUACUGAUAACAAGUGAGAGAAUGUGGGUGGUUUCAGUUAAUGAUGACACGAGCGCGGUGGUUGUUAAUAAUUCUUUUGUGGAUUGUUGCAUUUUCAAGAAAUCUUUCUGGUUAUGCCACGUCAUGUUGCCAGUUCAGUUCUUCUACAUGUCUAACCAGGGGCAACUUGAUUUUCUAUUGUCAUAGAAAACCUGAAGAUCAUAUAUUCAGAGAAUUCCCUCAUAUCAAGGUCUUCAAGAUGCUAAGGUUUUACUCGCCUUUCUCUUCACUUGUUUUGCCCUAGUUUGAGUAAUUUGAGCUCUGUAGAUUCACGUGUACUUUUCCAUUCCAGCAUGUAAUUUGCAUGUAAAUGAGCGGAUACGUCAAUGUUAACUUUAGAAUGUUUUAGGAGGAUCGCGUAGCCAUAGAGCAUUGAUAUGAGAAAAGAAAAGGAAUUGGUACUUUA